CAAAAUAAGUUCAUCACCCGUGGCUUGCCUACACCCUUUUCCAGAAACCAGUCUGAGCGAGAACUGCCGGGAGCAAUUGCCUAUUUAAGAAACAGUUAAGGAACCAGAAAGAAUGAUCUAACUGUUGCAUUAAAAAAAAAAGAGAACUGUGUGUGUUUCCAGAGAACGUAAAAAUUCCUGACACAGGUAAAAUGGCUAUGAAAAAGAUAAGUGUGUAUCAGCAAACCCAAGCACUUCUGCACAAGAAUUUUCUUAAGAAAUGGAGAGUGAAAAGAGAGAGUUUAUUGGAAUGGGGUAUCCCAAUACUUAUAGGACUGUAUAUGGGUCUGUUUUCAUAUUUCAAAGAAAAUUUUCAACUUCCUGAAAUCCCUCCUCAGGAUCUUGGAAGGAUAGAUAAAUUUAACGACUCUUCUAUGAUGGUUGUAUAUACGCCAGUCUCUAAUAUAACCCAACAGAUAAUGAAUCGAACAUUUGCUUCAUUUAUGAAAGGAACAAGGGCCAUUGGGGUACCAAGCAGGAAAGACCUGAAUGAAAUGCUUCUGAAGAAUAUACCUCACCCUGUGGGAAUCAUCUUUAACAACACUUUCUCUUACCAGUUAAAAUUACUUCCAGCAUAUAGAAUCCCAUUGUUUAAAGAAGAAGACUUCUUAGGGAACUGCUGGGGUGACUAUGAUGAGGCUUGGUGUACAGUGUCCAUAUACUGGGAAGAAGGAUUUGUGGCUUUACAAACUGCCAUUAAUGCCGCUAUUAUAGAAAUCACAACAAAUCACUCUGUGAUGGAAGAGUUGAUGUCAGUUACUGCUAUAAAUAUGAAGACAUUACCGUCUAUUUUUAAAGACAUUCUUCAAAAUGAAAUUUUUAUUUUAUUCUGCUUGCUUUAUUUCUCCUCAUUUAUAUAUUUUGUGUCACUCAAUGUUACCAAAGAGAGAAAAAAGUCUAAGGCUUUGAUGAACAUGAUGGGUCUACAAGAUUCAGCAUUCUGGCUGUCCUGGGGCUUAAUCUAUGCUGGCUUCAUCUUUAUUAUUUCCAUAUUCAUUGCAAUUAUUAUAACAUCUGCCCAAAUUAUAGUCAUGACUGGUUUCUUUGUCAUUUUUACACUUUUUUUCUUAUAUGGCUUAUCAUUGAUCGCUUUAGCAUUCCUGAUGAAUGUGCUGUCACAGAAAGCUGUCCUCUCGAAUCUGCUUGUGUUUCUUUUUACCCUCUUUUGGGGGUGUCUGGGAAUCACUGUACUUUAUAGACAACUUCCUUCAUCUCUGGAGUGGAUUCUGAGUAUCUGUAGCCCCUUCGCCUUUACCGCUGGAAUGACAAAGAUUAUCUCCCUGGAUUAUAACCUGAAUGGUGUAGUCUUUCCUGACCCUUCAGGAGACUCAUAUAUAAUGAUAGCAACAUUUUCCAUGUUGGCUUUUGACGGUUUUAUCUACUUGAUUUUGGCAUUAUAUUUUGACAAAAUCUUACCCUAUGGGAAUGAGCAUCACAGUUCUCCACUAUUUUUCUUGAGUUCAUCAUUUUGGUUUCCACAUCAAAGGACUAACAGUAAUAAGGUCAUUGAGAAAGGCAUAGAUCUCGAGCUUCCUUCUGAUGAAGAUUUUGAGCCCAUAGCUCCUGAAUUACAAGGAAAAGAAGCUAUCAGAGUAAGAAAUGUUAAAAAAGAAUACAAAGGAGAGUCUGGAAGAGUGGAAGCCUUGAAAGGUUUGUUCUUUGACAUAUAUGAAAGUCAAAUAACAGCAAUCCUGGGUCACAGUGGAGCAGGCAAAUCUUCAUUACUAAACACCCUCAGUGGGUUAUCUGUACCAACAGCAGGGUUAGUCACCAUCUAUAAUAAAAAUCUCUCUGAAAUACAAGACUUGAAAGAAAUCAGAAAGAUAACUGGUGUUUGUCCUCAACAUAAUAUUCAAUUUGACACUCUCACUGUGAAGGAAAAUCUUGUCCUGUUUGCUAAAAUAAAAGGAAUUCAUCCACAGGAAGUAGAACAAGAGGUACAACAAAUUUUAUUGGAACUGGACAUGCACAAUAUUCAGGAUAAGCUUGCUGGACAUUUAAGUGAAGGACAGAAAAGAAAGCUGACCUUUGGGAUUGCCAUUUUAGGAGAUCCUCAGAUUUUGCUCUUAGAUGAACCUACUGUUGGACUGGAUCCCUUUUCAAGGCAGCGAGUGUGGAGUUUCCUGAAGGAACGUAGAGCAAAUCGUGUGAUCCUCCUAAGUACUCAGUUCCUGGAUGAGGCAGACAUCCUUGCUGAUAGAAAAAUGAUCAUGUCCAAUGGGAGUCUGAAAUGUGCAGGCUCUUCAGCCUUUUUGAAGAGAAAAUGGGGUCUUGGGUAUCACUUAAGUUUGUAUAGGAAUGAAACAUGUGAUUUAGAGCAAAUAACUUCCUCCAUCAACCAUCACAUCCCUGAUGCUACAUUAAAAACAAAAACCGAAGAAAAACUUGUGUAUACUUUGCCAUUGGAAAGAAGAAAUCAAUUUCCAGACCUCUUCAGUGAUCUUGAUAAAUAUUCUGGCCAGGGUAUAAUGAGCUAUGACAUUUCCAUGUCGACUCUGAAUGAAGUGUUCUUGAACCUAGAAGGAGAACCAGCUAACAAACAAGACUUUGAGCAAACAGGAAUGAUAGGAGACUCCGAAAGCCUGAGUGAAAUGGAGCCAACUCACUCUCCUCUUUCCGAAUCACAAAAGCCCGUGAGUGACAUGGGCCUCUGGAGGAUGCAGGUCUGGGCAAUGGCAAGACUCCGCUUCUUAAAGUUAAAACGUGGGAGAAAAACCCUUUUGACCUUGCUAUUGAUACUUGGAAUUGCAUUGUUCCCAUUGAUUAUGGAAGAGAUAUCUUUUACUAUGAUAGAUGAAAAUAUGGAUGAGGAAUUAAAAACAGAAUUGUAUUUCCUGUCACCUGGACAACUUCCCCAGGGCUCCCGAACCAGCCUGUUGAUCAUCAAUAACACAGAAUCAAAUAUUGAAGAUUUUAUACAGUCACUGAAGCAUCAAAAUAUAGCUUUGGAGGUAGACGACUUUGUAAACAGAAAUGGUACUGAAGGCCUCUCAUACAACGGAGCUAUCAUAGUUUCUGGUAAAGACAAGGAUUACAGAUUUUCAGUUGUGUGUAAUACCAAGAGACUGCACUGCUAUCCCAUCCUAAUGAAUAUCAUCAGCAAUGGGCUACUUCAUAUGUUUAAUCAAACACAGGAUAUUCGAAUAGAGAGAAGCAUAAUAUUUUUUGUCAGGUUUCUCAUCUGGCUAGGGCUCCCGGACGGUUCCCUGUUCUUGUCGUUUAUUGCAUGGUGCAUCAGUCCUUACAUAGCCAUGAGCAGUGCCAGUGAUUACAAAUAUAAUGUUGAUUCCCAGCUAUGGAUUUCUGGCCUCUACCCUUCUGCCUACUGGUGUGGGCAGGCAAUCGUGGAUAUUAGCAUCUUCACUGUAAUUGUUCUUUUAAUGAAAUUGGUCUUAUACAUAAGAAAACUGAUGGACAUUUACAUUGCAAGUCACAUUAUUUUAGUUAUGGUUGUCAUUUCACUUGGUUUUGCAGUGUCUCUUACCUUCUUGACAUAUGUGAUAUCAUUUGUUUUCUGCAAACGGAGAAAAAAUAGUGGCCUCUGGUCAUUUUGCUUCUAUAUUGUCUUGAUCAUCAUGUUGGAAAUCAUGUUUUCUGAUUACUUCAGCCUAACAUUACUUAUUGCCAGCAUGGUAUUAGUUCCUGUGUUUUCAGUGGCUGCAUUCCAGAUCUUUUUGGACAAGAGAGCCCGCCAGCCUUACGAAGAAUUUACAGAGCUGAAGUAUGACAUAAGUGGCGCUGAUCUCCUGAUAUGCCUCAUACCUUACUUUCAAGCUUUGUUCUUCAUUUUUGUUCUAAGAUGCAUGGAACUUAAAUGUGGAAAAAAUGUAAUGCGGAAGGAUCCCGUUUUCAGGCUAUCCCCCCAAAGUCUAGACAAUCAACCAAAUCUGGAAGAACCUGUAGAUGAAGAUGAAGAUGUUCAAGCAGAGAGAAUAAGAACGUCAGCUUCCCUGAGCACUUCAAACCUAGCUGAGGAACCAGCCAUAAUUGCCAGCUGUCUACACAAAGAGUACACAGGUCAGAAGAAAAGUUGCUUUUCAAAGAGGAAGAAGAUAGCAGUACGAAAUAUCUCUUUUUGUGUUAAAAAAGGUGAAAUUUUGGGGUUGCUAGGACCUAACGGUGCUGGUAAAAGCUCCUCAGUUCGGAUGAUAGCUGGGAUCACAAAGCCAACAGCGGGAAAGGUGGACCUGAGAGGAUUCGGUUCAGUUGGGGGUCACCGGGGAAACAGCACAGUCAAGCUUGGAUAUUGUCCUCAGGAGAAUGCGCUGUGGCCCAUCCUGACAGUGAAAGAACAUCUGGAGGUGUAUGCCGCCGUGAAAGGGCUAAGGAAAGAGGACGCUGCCACUGCCAUUUCACGGUUAGUGAAUGCUUUCGAACUACAUGAGCACCUGAAUGUCCCAGUGCGAAAACUAGCGACAGGAGCCCCUAGAAAGCUGUGCUUUGCGCUGAGCAUGCUGGGAAAUUCACCUGUCUUGCUUUUGGAUGAACCCUCUACUGGCAUUGAUCCAACAGGACGGCAGCAAAUGUGGAAGGCAGUCCGUGCAGCUGUUAAACACAGUGAGAAGGGUGUCCUCCUGACCACCCAUGACCUGGCUGAGGCUGAGGCUCUGUGUGACCGCCUGGCCAUCGUGGUGUCCGGAAGGCUGAGGUGCAUUGGUUCCAUUCAGCACCUGAAAAGGAAGUUUGGCAAGGGUUACAUUCUGGAAGUCAACGUGAAGGAGCCUUCUCAAGUGCCACUAGUCCACUCAGAGAUUCUGAAGCUAUUCCCACAGGCUGCACGGCAGGAAAGAUACUUCUCCUUGUUGACCUACAAGCUACCCAUAGCAGAUGUCUAUCCUCUCUCUCAGGCCUUUCACAAACUAGAAGCAGUGAAGCGUAUCUUCAGCCUGGAAGAGUACAGCCUUUCUCAGUGCACACUGGAAAAGGUGUUCUUAGAACUUUCCAAGGAGCAAGAGCUGGACAAUGAUGAAGAAGUUGAUACCACCAUGAGAUGGAAACUCCUCCCUCAUUCAGAUGAACCUUAAAGCCUCAGACCUAAUAGCUCCGUUGAUGUGCCACAAACUUAUGCUUUAUAUAAUAAACAGAAUGAAUAAUUUUAAGGAUAGUUUAAUAUCAAUAUAAUAUGUACUUUAUGUAUUUAGUCAACAAUUAAAUAAAACUUUAAAAUUAUUGUACUCAGAUUUAGAGGUGAUAAGGCAAUAUAAUACACUAGUAAAAUUGCCCAGAACUGGACACUGGGUGUUGUGGAAACAAAACUAGAAACUUGGAAUUUUUUUUUUUUAAUUUAAAUUUUUUUUUUAAAGAUAGGGCCUCCCCGUAACCCUGAUGUCCUGAAACGUGCUCGACCAGGCCGUCUUCAGUUUCAUAGAGACCUACUUGCUUAUGCCUACUGAGUGCUGGGGUUAAAGGUGCAUGCCACCACAUCUGGCAAAAUAUUAACUUUUAGCAAUUAUCAGAACAUUCUCUUGCUGAACUAGGUAAGAGGUGUGUUCAGUAGCCAUCGGCUGCUUCAUAGCGGUUUAUAAACAUGAAAUUUACAGAUUUUCUUUUAUAUUAAGUAUGAUGCCAGAUUCUUUUCCUAAAUCCUUUCAAGAAAUUAUUUUGACAACAACAGGAGUUGCAAGGGCCCUCAGACUCACAAGUGACUGAGCACAGAGAGGGAAAGUAGCUCAGAUCUACCUUUUGAAAAUAAAAUAAAGGGAGUCACAGUGCUAUUCCGUCACUUUAAAAAUGGAAAUGCUGAUAGCCAGUAUUUCUUUCCUCUUUUCAUUGGUAGAUUUCUAUGCAUUCGCUACUAACUUAAGGCCAUUUCUCCCUCUAUUUUUGUCUCUUUUUUCUGUAUCAGCUUUACAUAUUUUUAUUUUUUUCCUUAAAAUAGCUAUUUAAUCCUGAAAAAUCACUGGAAAACUGUUUUUAAAACAAAGUAAUGUUCCUCCCAAUUUUUGAUGUUAUGUUAUACAAUUCAAAUUUUUUUCUGUUUACUAAUGAAUAUUUGUACAAUAGAGAAAAAUGGAAAUUAAAUAAAAUGGAAUAAAAGCA